GUGCCGCCAUAAAAAGCCGGAUUACUGAAUUGUUUUGCUUUGAAAUGUUGCUCUUGACUUUUCCGUUGUGAUGUGCAGUGGAAUUACCAAGAAUUCUGAGGUUAUGUAAGGUGGGAUCUGUGAGCCUGAUCCUUGUCAGUCUGUCCCGAUCUGUAAAAUGGUCGAUCCUUAAGAACUUGAGCAGAUGACGACUAGCCGCCGUCACAACUUUCGGAAGAGCUAGUGGUGUUCCUGAUCGGACAAUAAGAAUCGGAACUCCUCGGGUUCUUUGCCAUAAACGACACUUGUUUCACCGACUGAGUUCAUUUAUGAGUUCAAAGACUUCAAACGUUACCUUUCAUCAUUUGCUUGGAAUUUUUUUAUAUUGUUAACAGGAAACAUUUCACAGGACUCGGGGGCAGUUCCCUAUACUCAUUAACGCUAUGGAGUUAACGUCUGCCAAGGCUCUGGAUGAUUUCGCUGAUGGGAUAAAGCACGGUCCUGACAAGCAUUCCAACAUGCCAAGCGAUGGAACAGUUCACGAGCUGACCAGAAACACACUUAUUUUCAUGGAGCAACUCCUACCCUACACUGAAACAGUUGGAAGCAUGUUAGUCACCAUGCAAGAGGAGCAGAGUGGAAAUUUCUUUACAAGAGAAACAGAACUCUUUACAAAAGUUGUUGCUGAGUACGUCCAACGAGUGCUUGGAGCCUUGGGUCUGAAUCUUGAGCUCAAGGCCAGAGUGUAUGAGGCGCCAACUCUUUGUUCUCUGUUCUUGUUGAACAACUACAAUUACAUAGUCAAGGCUCUACAACGGUUAGGUCUUCUUGCUCUUCUUCAAGAAGGAGGAAUCUCUGGAGUCGAAAAACAGUACCAGCAACUGAUUGAUGAACAGAAGACCACAUAUCAGAAAUGGUAUGACCGAACAACCGACCCAUAGACCGACUGGCCGACUGCCUGACUGCCGGCCUGCUUGCUUGCUUGCGUGCUUGAGUGACCGACUGACUGACUGACUGACGGUCCGACUUACUGCUUGAUUAGCUCACUGUCUGUCUGUCUGUCUGUCUGUUUGACUGACGGAUGGACGGACGGGCGGACGGACCGACAGACUGAUUGACUGACUAACUGA